GUCAAGGUCCCAAGCCGGAGAGAGAACAGAACGAUGUCCAACAACAUGGCCAAGAUAGCAGAUGCCAGGAAAACAGUUGAACAACUCAAGCUGGAGGUUAACAUUGAGAGGAUGCUGGUGUCCAAGGCGGCUGCAGAGCUGAUGGCGUACUGUGAGACCCAUGCCAAAGAGGACCCCCUGGUCGCCCCUGUGCCCUCCUCCGAGAACCCCUUCAGAGAGAAGAAGAUCUUCUGUGCCAUCAUCUGA